ACAGUUGCAUGGUCACCAACACAAACAAAUGUUGUUGCGACUACCUUAGAAAAAGACCGUACUCUCACAUUUCAUAUUUACGUAACAUAUUAAAAAUAUUUUAGAGAUUGUCUGUAUUAAUACUAUAUCUCUGAAAUAUAAUACCCUACAAUAUAUCAUAUUUAAUUUUCAAUAAAACUAACAGAAGAAAGAAAAAUUACCUUGAUACCUAGGUUUAGCAGGAAAAGACCAGAAGGCCAGGAAAACUGAUACCUUGAAUUUCUCAGACAUAUUAUAGACAACAUUUACGCAUUUUCAAGUUCCUUCACAACAGGUUGGAGAGACUUCAAGAACAUCAAGAUAUGUGGAGUUUCAAGUUAUGGGAUGUGGAACAAGCAAAGCCCUUAUUGAACAACUGCCAGUUCCAUCUCAUAAAGGGACUUUAGACAAAAGCAAUCCAGCAGCUAUCAUGUCCAGGUUGACUAGAGCUGAGUCUUAUACUAGUCUCUAUGAUGCAGGGGCUAAAUUUAUUCCAGGAAAGAAAGAGAGAGUCAAUAUGCUUGAAGAAAAAAUACAGACAGCAGCAUCUUUGAUGUCUUUUGAUGCUGAAGAAGCAUUAAGUAUUGUGAAAAAGCACCCAGAUCUUCAGGGACAGUUCACAAACAUCAUAGAGCUCAUGAGUCUCUUUCAGUCCAAGAUGUAUGCAAUGUACGUUGCAAAGCUGAGAAGUCAGGAUAAUGAGCAUGAUAGAAAAGUAAUUUCAGAUUUUUUGGCACUGACAGGUGGUGCAGCAGCAACUGUAGUGAUAUAUGUUGAUGCAAUGGAAAAGCUAGGAGUCAGUUACAUUUCCAGAGAACUUCUGCAAUCUUAUUGGAAUCCAGAUGAUGAACUAAAUGAGGAUGAAGAUGAAGACAGAAAUAGCAAUACAACCACUUCAAAUGAAAAAAUAAAGGCAUUUGAAGUUAUCUGUGGGUUACGACAUUACUGGGUUGAUGCCAGUGAUGCCAGCGAGCAUUUUUGCAUGAGCCUUAUGGAGAGUGGUCUCCUGCAGUUCUUAGUGGAAGAUGUAAAACAUCUAAAUAAAGAUGAGGAAGAUAAAAUAGAAGCAUCUAUCUAUGACACAUCAGUCACCAUAAUUCAUAACAGUGCCAGACACAAACAACUACAGCAAAGAUUCCGUGACAGUGCUGUGGUUCAGCUUCUUACACCAUUUCUUUCUAAGAAGAGGGACAUAAAACUUUUGACACUGUUGACGCUGUCAUACAUCAUUAACGAAAAUGAAAAUGAGCUCCUCCUGGCUGAUGGCUCUGACUUUGAGUUUCUACUGAGUAUGGUGGAAGAAGCUUGGGAGGAGGAGGAUCAUCGUACAUUUGAGGGUUAUUCCUUGUGGGAGCUGCUCAAGGGACUGAGCAACCUUGCUCAAAAUGAUGUCAACAAAAAACUUCUUAUGAGGAAAGGUGUUCUAGAUCAUCUGAAGCCAAUCUUAAAGAAUGGAGAAACCUUAGAAAAAGAGGAAGCAUUAAAGAUAGUUUGGGAACUCUCAUUUGAUAAAGACAACAGACAAGAAAUUCAGGGGGACUCAGAAAUCAUGCAGCUUUUGGAGAAACUAAAAACCUCUUCAACAUCUGGAACUGCAGAAUGUGCACUUGGAGCAUUAUGGGUGCUUGCAAUGGACAAGAAGGUGUCGAAAGAAUCAAUGCAGAAUAUCCCUUUUCCCCCACCACCACCACCACCACCUCAAACCACUUCUGGAGCGCUUCCUUCUCCUCCUUCAAUUUCACUUGCCCAACCACAAGCCUCCUCAGUCCAUAUCAUGAUCAGCUAUCAGUGGGGCAACCAAUCAACUUUGCUACAGAUACGAGAAAUGCUGCGCCAAAGAGAAUAUCAAGUAUGGAUGGAUGUUGAUAACAUGAAAGGUUCAACCCUAGAAGCUAUGGCAGAUGCUAUUGAAAAAGCUGCUGUUGUACUCAUAUGCAUGUCACAGCGUUAUAAAGAGAGUACAAACUGCAGAACAGAAGCUGAGUAUGCUUUUGAACUGGGAAAACCUAUCAUUCCUUUGCUUAUGGAGGGUGGCUACAAACCUGAUGGUUGGCUAGGCAUUAUCAAAGGUUCCAAGCUAUUCUUUGACUUCAGUGGCAAGUACCCACUAGCAAGAAAGUUUGAGGAGCUUGUUCGUGAACUUGGAGAUAAAGGGAAAGCACCCACAGCACCAGAUGAGGUAGAUUCCCAGAUUGUUGCAGUCAAACAUUCUCAAGUUUUUGCUGGUGCCCCUUCAAAAGAUGUCGCUACUUGUCACAAAAUGAUGUUUUGAACUGGCUUAAGAAAAACCAUCUGGAAGGGCUAGGAAAAGGUCUACAAAAUCUCAGUGGAGCAAACCUCAAAUUCCUUUACAAGCUCAGCCGAGAGCUCCAGAGUUCUUCUUUAACUACCUCAAGGACGAACUUGGCCUAAAACAACUCAAUGACUUGAUGUUUUUUAGUAAUGCCCUUGAAAAAUUGAGCUGACAUUCUGCACAGUGUAUUCUAGAACAAUGAACCUACAAUAUCUUCUUGUUCCUAAUCACCCCCAGUGGAGCAUAGGGCCACAACUACACCAGUCUUCAGGCCCGUUUCUGUGCGUCCUUUUCCAGUUGAGACCAUGUCAUGCCAGCUGCCUCCGCCUUGCUGUGGACCGACUCUUUAAGUUUCCAUCCAUUCUUUGGCAAUGACUUGGCAGGACAAAGGUGUAAAUUGCUAAAUUCUUGCUUUGAUUUUGACUUUUGUCUUUUAUAGACUUAGAGAUACAGCUGUAAAUAUUCUCUUUACCAGUUUAAAACAUUAAAAAUUAUGAAAAGAUAUCACAGAUAUUUUUUCUACUACAAUUGCAUCAAAUUCUAACAAUGCAACAAUGUAUUUAAUUGCAAUAAGCUAAUUAAGAUUAUCACCUGUGUAGUGCAAUGUGACUCAUGUCGUGAGUAUUUCACUUUCUUGAUUAAUUAUUAAAUGUAUUAUUUUCGGUUCAA